CUCUUGGUUAGUCGUCGUCUGUCGUUCGUCGGUUACGGAUCAACCACGGAAAAACCACGCUCUUUUCUUCUAUUUCGUAUUCCCCACCCUCCCCGUUGUAGGGUGUCAGAUCCAAAUGAAGAUCCUGAGCCCACGAUUAGAAGAAUUACUUUCGGAAAAAUCGUUUAGUGCUGGUGAAAUUUAAGUGCCCGCGAGUUCGUUCCGUUCCUUACAAGUCGUCUAAUUUGUCUGCUUUUCGUUUUUCGUUUGGAAUUUUCACUCCAUUCGCAAAACACCACCGCCAGCGUGCGUUUCAUUGAGAAGUUUUCUUCUUUCAUCCGGGUUGCUUCGAAACGCGUGAAAAGAAAAGUUUCACCCAUACAAUCGCACGUUCACGUCACGUUCCUCCAAACCGUACGUCGCGCUGAACCCUCACACAAAGGAAGAAAAAAAGUGGGGCGCCUGUGUCUUUUCCGUCACCGUCAGACCCUGCGGAUGCUGAUGCAGUCAGCAGUACGGGAGAGUCGCUCUGUCACUGUCACCGAAUCCUGCCGUAGUAUCCUUUCUUUGUCGACGACUGGAGUGGCACUGGGCUGGUGAAAAAAGCAGCAAACAAUUUCAGUGUUUGGCCUUUGUUGCGUGUGAUUCUAAAAACCAAACAAAAAAAAAAACAAAGUAUAAUAAAACAAACAAGCUGAGAACUGUGAUAAAGUGAUUUUCCGAAUAACCUCGAAGCCGUCCCGGAAGAAAGAGGCACUCGAAACGCACACAAAUAGUACGGAAAAUAGUGAAAAUCGUAGACGUAAAGCUUCAGCCUUAACUAGUGUAAAAAAAAUAGCGGAUGAAAAUUUUAUUUCCACAAGAAUAUGGGAAGGUGGAAGUUAGAUGAAGAAAUCUAGACCGAUCUAGUUGCUAUCCACAGUACAGUGUCCAUGCAUAGAUCUAAAUAUUUAAUCAUAUGGCAAACGGGAAAUAAUUUUCUCGAGUGUACCCAGUCAAUAAUCAAAGAUAAGCAAGUGAUAAAAGAUGUUUGUGAUGCUUCCCCACAUGUACCGUGCCGUAGGUGAAUAGCAAUAAAGAUUCCUACCGAAUGGGGCAGAGCUGGCAGUGACAGCUGGCCAACCGACGCAGGCAGCAGAAGAGUUGCAGUUCGUCGGGUUUAUAGCGAAACUUUAAUCGUUAGAGAUUUCCAAGUGCACCAGAAAAAAAAAACUCAAAACCACAAGUGCUUGCUACGACACCAACGAUAGUGUGAUAGCUGAUUGGUUAGUCGUGAUUUUUACUACUGGAUUACACUUUCAAUUCAAUUCAAGUCAAUUCGUCGUGCAAACUAGUGGGAACAGUCUGGAGUGUGUCGCCAGAGUGCAUGCCAGUACAGAGGAUCGAUGUUUAAGUGCUUCAGGCAGGCUCCCAGCACCAUGUGGUCCCCGGAAGCGGAAAUCAGUUCCAUUGCCUUCACUACAAUGCGGCACUCGGUGUCCGCAUCGUCCGGAAUUUCAACUCUGUCCAGCUGUGGCGAUCCGGAUCGACUGCCGGAGCUUCCCCCGGGAGACGAACAACGCCUGCAGCGAGCCGCUCUCAGCCUCCAACAGAAGCUGAUACUGCGAGAAUGGUUGAAGGAGCACCGGAUGCAGCACUUCUAUUCCAGGCUCAUCUCCAUCGAAGUUACCUCCCUGGAGGAUGUCUACUGGCUGGAAGAUUCCCGUGCCAGUCAGCUGCUCGGAAAGGAUUGGAUGCUUUGGUCACAGGCUCGCCAAAAACUACCGACGUCCAAAUCAAACCUGGAAGCACUGAAGGCGGACCUCUGGUCAACGGUUGUGAAGUCCAGUCAACAUCAGGACGCCUGGACAUGGGGCGGAAUGUUGGUAGUGUCCGUUUCGGUGGCCGGUCUGGUGACUCUAGCUGCCAUGACCCAACCAUCGCUGGCACCGGAAGCCCGACAUUCGCUGCUACAAUACGUCACCGGGAAGUAUCUGCUUCCGGCCAAUUGCAAGGUGCAUUGGGACUGGCAGGAUCCGGCCAUCGUCGGUGGUACCAUGUGUUUUACAGUGCGAUUCCACCAACGGAAUGGCCAUGCCUAUCCAAUCUGUGAUACGGAUCAGUUCUUCGUGGAAGUGACUGAAGGUACCAGAAAAAUCAUUACCAUCAGUGAGCUGGGAUCGCCAACCGAUCCGAACAAUGCCAACAUUGCCAAGGUUAAGUUCACCGUCCGAACGGCGGGUCAGUACAAGAUUUCAGUAUUGAUCGGUUCCAGUCACAUCGCCGGUAGUCCGUUCGUGAAGACGUUCAUUCCCGGUCCGAUGGAUGCUCGUCGAUCACGACUAAUCCGUCCGGCCAGUACGGUGGUGUGUUGCAGCGGAGCGCCUACAUUCCUACACAUUGAACCGCGUGAUGAGCACGGAAAUACGUGCCAAUUCACGCCGGACUGUGAUCCCAUCAAGGGUUACAAGAUUGAAAUUUUCGAUCUACACGGUAACCAUAGUGAUAAGCACUGUAACGCGAUUACUCUUUCGUACGAUAAGGUAAACUCUAGGAUUAGCCUAACUGCCCUCUUUCCGGAGCCAGUGUGCCUCCGGGCCGUCAUCAGCUACGACAACCAGCAGCUUCCGAAUGGAGACUUCGACAUCAUCGUGCUGAGCAGCAGUGAUACGACGUUGGUCCACAAAAAUAUUGCUUCCAGGAAGCACAACAUUUGCUACGAAGCAAAACUGUUCGGCAUUUUCGGCCAGCAGCGCUGGUCAAAGCCCAGAAAGGUACUGUGCUACGUUGGACCGAAGCAGGUCACCAUCAAGGAGAUGAUCCUGAAAAUCAUUCCCAAGCGAAUUGCCACCUUCCGGUUGUGUCCCUCUACCAGGUUCCACUUCCUACCACCAUCCAACAUCCAGAUGAACAACAGCCACGGAGCCAUCUUCAUCAUCGAUGACGGCUGCCAGCCGAAGAUCGAACUGGCUUCGAAGGAACGGAACGUGAUUGCGGCCACUUUCACCCACUUCCUGCUGAAAAACAUUGGCGGCUCGGAAACGUUCAAAGACAAACAGGACUUCUUCUACCACGAAGUGAGACUCGUACGAAAGUUUCAUUCCAACUAUUACCACGAAAAGAUAUCGCUCAAGGUGCAGCGGGACAAAAUUCUCGAGUCGAGCAUGAAAGCGACGAAGCACUUCUCCGUGUCCGACUGGUGCGGUAACUUCGAGGUCACCUUCCAGGGCGAGCAGGGCAUCGACUGGGGCGGGCUUCGACGCGAAUGGUUCGAACUGGUGUGCAGUGCUUUGUUCGAUCCCCGCGGGGGUCUGUUCUGUACAUUCCACGACAAAAGACAAGCCCUCGUCCAUCCGAACCCGAACCGAGCGGCACAUCUGAAGCUGAAGCACUUCGAGUUCGCCGGGAAGGUGGUCGGCAAGUGUCUGUACGAAAGUGCCCUCGGCGGUAGCUAUCGGCAGUUGGUCCGGGCCCGUUUCUCACGUUCGUUCCUGGCACAGCUGAUCGGACUGCGGGUGCACUACAAGUAUUUCGAACAGGACGAUCCGGAUCUCUAUCUGUCGAAAAUUAAGUACAUUCAGGAUACGGACCUGGACAGUAGCGAGAACCUGGAGCUGUACUUUGUGGAGGAGAUUUACGACAGCACGGGCCAGUUGACGCGUACGGUCGAGCUGAUUCCGAAUGGGGCCCGCACGAGAGUGACCAAUGCGACCAAGAACCAAUAUUUGGAUGCCUUGGCACAGCAGCGACUGUGCAACAACGUUAGAGAGGAGAUCGACAGUUUCCUGAAGGGACUGAACGGAAUCAUUCCGGACAAUUUGCUAAGCAUCUUCGAUGAGAACGAGUUGGAGCUUUUAUUGUGCGGCACGGGAGAAUAUUCGAUCGCAGAUUUUCGAGCCAAUCACAUCGUCAAUGGCGGUUCGCCUGAGUUCCGUCGGGUGCUCGGAUGGUUUUGGGCGGCCGUGGGAAACUUUUCCCAAACCGAAAUGGCCCGGCUGUUGCAGUUCACCACCGGAUGCUCCCAGCUACCGCCAGGAGGAUUUCAGGAACUGAAUCCGAGGUUUCAAAUUACUGCAGCCCCAACAUUCGGAAAUCUACCGACGGCGCACACUUGUUUCAAUCAACUCUGCCUGCCGGACUACGAGAGCUACGAGCAGUUCGAACGAGCGCUGAUGUUUGCCAUCAGCGAAGGGACGGAAGGAUUCGGGAUGGUGUAGUUUAUCAUCUCUUUACGUUUUGAUGUCAAAACAAAAAAAAAGCACAAAAAAACACAAACAAACGGUACUUGCAUAUUCUGGCAUUAGCAGAAGACCAAACUGACGUCAAUUUAGUGACCUUGGAAAACCAUUGCAAAUUUCCGAUAUCUUUAGAACUCAGUUAUGAGAUUCAUUCCUGUAUCGUUACGGGGUUAGUUGAUAGGCGGUUAUUGUGUCAAUAUUCGACACCUUUUCACAGACAGUAGGAUUUGUAGGUUGUAAGUUUAGCCUUUGUAAGAUUAGUAAAUUAUUGUCAAGUAUUUGUUUCAAGGACCAAUUCAAUUGAAGCCGGCAGUAGGCCAAAAAAUGUUACGACUUGUAUCCAGCUUAGAUUUCGUGUUACUGAAUUACAACAAAAAAAAAACAUACAUAUUCAAGAGCAAACUACUCUUAGUUGAGACUAUCGAAUCCCGUUUUGACUUUGGAUGAAAUAGUUCUCCUAUUGGUGCCAAAACCAUUGUCAUGUUUGUCCAUUUACCGUAAAAGAAGGGGAAAGACGUCGUCGGACCGAAAAUAAUAAAACUACUAAAAUUAUAAAACGUACAGUUCUACGAUUAUAGUUAUUAGUGCCAAACUUUGCCUGCAUAAUUGAUUCUGAUCAGUGCAUCGAUCAUCGGAUCUCAGUUUAGUUUCGACAAAUGCGCCUUAUUGAAACUUUAGAAUGUUAAUAUUUGAUAUCAAGCGUACCAAAACAAACAAACAAAAAAUCAAAGUAAACAAGGCAAGUAAAUUAAAACAAAAUGAUUCACCUAAAUAAUAGCGUUAAAAACACACACACACAAUCAUCAAUCUCACUCGAAACGUAUCAGUCAUAUGUAAUCCAAUCUAGUUGUUCGACUAGACGAAACUAAAACUGCUUGAUUUCCUAGAGCAAAAGUGAAAAAAAUAUUCAUUCCAUAGGAAAACUAGAUGUUUAAGAAGAUGACUUUAAUUUUCUACAGUCGUCGAACAAGGCAAAUUAAAUGGAAAAUACUACUACCAGUAUCUGACAAGUAAAAAACUAAGCUCUAGUUCUGUGAUACCGAAGAAAAAACAAAAACACAAAUACUAAACAAAAUAGCAUUAAUUUAUGUGGGCUCAUUUAUGCUGAUUUUUCGUUUUCGACGCAUAACGGUAAACGGAAAAACCAAAGGAGUGAGGUGGCAGUACAGUGCAAGUGGUUUGUAAGAACAUGGUUGGAAGGAAAUCGAUGAAGGGACGAAUAGUGCGAAUUCAUUUAACCCCGUUUAUUCUUUUACUCAAAUUGCUUGGCUUGGUGAAAUUUAGUAAAUCUUCACUCGAUUUCUAUUAUUAUACUAGCUGGCCCGUCGAACUUCGUCUCGCCUGAAAUUAUUUUUUUAAAUUUGUGUUUUCGGACAGCAGAGUUGUCAAACGUUAAUGUUUCUUUCCAUUAUUUUACUGAUUACUUGGCUUACAAUAAACGAAUUACGACAAAUUCAUAUCCAACAUCAUGAAUUAUUGUGGAUAUGUUCAAUGCUUUUGUUACGCAAAAACUAAACAAAUGCACCAAUUGCCAUCUCAUCCUUCGAGUCAGUGUAUUGAACAGAGAUUGUAUAUCUCUCUCAAACAAAAGAUUUGACAUGUGGGAUGAUGGAUUUGAUUGAAUCAUAUCUGACUGGUCGUAGUAUGACCGUGAGAAUUGGCGACUGCGUUACUCCAUCAUUCAUCGUCCAGCUCUGGCAUUCCUCAGGGAAGCCAUCUAGGACUAUUCUUAUUUCUGCUAUAUCUAAAUGAUCUAAAUUUCGCAUGCAAUGCAUGAAGCUAUCAUUCGCCUACGAUUUCAAGCUGUUUCAUCUCAUCAAAUAUCUGAAAGACUCAAACUUCUUGCAGUCACAGUUGGAUGUAUUUUUUAACUGGUGUGCAACGUCAACAGAAUGGUUAUAAACGCCUUCAAAUGUUUCGUCAUCUCCUUCUCUCGUAAACGAACCACGAUCAUGUAUGAUUACACUAUUUCGCAAGCUGUACUAAAACGGGAGACAUCAAAUAAGGAUCUAGGAGUGUUAUUGGAUUCAAAACUUAGUUUCAAAGAUCACAUAGAAUCUCUAAAGCAUUAAAGAUGCUAGGAUUCGUCUUUCGCAUCUCAAAAAAAUUCAAUAACAUAUACUGCCUGAAAUCGCUUAUAUUGCGCUCUAGUUCGUUCUACACUGGAGUAUGCUGUUGUUGUUUGGGCACCAUAUUACCAAACUGAUAAGCUGCGCAUUGAAACUGUUCAGCGCAAGUUCAUUCGUUUUGCUUUGCGUCGCCUGCCCUGGAGGGAUCCAUUUAAUCUUCCAAGCUACGAAAAUCGUUGUAGACAUACACUUCGAUUUGCUAUCUGUCCGCCGUGAUACACAAAAAGCUUUUUUCGUCGCGAACCUCAUCCAAUCUCGAAUUGAUAGUGCAGAUCUCCUACAACAGCUAAGUUUUGACAUUCUUCGGCAUAAUUUGCGGUUUAAUCCCUUUCUCAGAAUUCCUCGUGCUAGAACUAACUAUGGGUUCAUUGAACCGUUUUCGAGUAUAUGUCGCGUAUUCAAUACUUGCUCUGAUGGAUUUAAUUUCAAUUUAUCUCGUAACGUCAUUAAAACCCGUUUUCUCCAAAUAUUUUCCCGCUAGUUUUAUUAGGAUAAUUAGUCAAUAUGAAUAGUUGUUAGUUAGCUUUGUAGUUUAAAUAAGGGUAAUUUAAGAUUUCGUUAUGUAUCAUUUGGUCAAAUGUUAUUUGUUGAUACAAAAGAUGAGAAGGUUUUAUGCCUGCUGGAGAAGGAGAACCAAAAUCUCAGCUCCAGCAGGCUUUUCCCUUGCUCCUAAAUAAACAAAUAAAUAAAAAUAACAGAUGGAUGAAAAAGAGAUGACCAAGAUAAAUACUUUAAAUUGACCCCACAAAUUUCCAAAAGCAGUCCUUGGGGAUUGUUGUUUAUCAUUGAAUAUUAAGACUUGUUUGUACUGAAGACGUUUAAAAAUUUAAUAGCAAAUCCUUAGGGAUUAUCGAAAGUAAUAAACUAAUUUUGAAAGGUUGUCCAUAACUUGCUUCACCGCUAGUGAUAUUAUUUAGUCGUGUUUGAUGAAUGUUCGUAGCAGGAUAAUGACAGGAUCAAUUUUUGAUUAACGAAUUAGCGAUAAAAUGAAAAAUACUUGAACAUUCGAAAGUUCAAAUUACCCUUUUAUUAAAUAUUGUGUCCAUUAGCUUUGACAUGAACGCUGGAUUCGUUCAAGAAUUGUAUCAAAAGGUCUCUCAUUCGUCGAGUCACCACAUCGUUUUUCUUAGUAUUCAGUCCUGAGAAUCAAUAUUCUGUUCUAGCGGAGUGAACAUGAGGAGUGAUUAUACCAGUAUUCUUCUUAUCGUUAAAGCCAAUGUAUAAAACAGCAGAUCUCGCAACUAAUGGUUCUUACAUGCCACGAUUUCUCCUUCAGAUAUGAUAUUCACGAUUCGCAUAUGGUAAUUCGUCAAGUAAUCCAAAGUUCGGAAAAAGGAAAUGAUUUGACUUAAGCAGCUUACAAAUGUCAUGAAUACCAUCCGUUUUGAAGUAAACCACUCUUGAAAACUCACCCGAAUCGGCUGAACAAACUUCAGCAUGCUAAAUGCAAGGAAAAUAUUUUCAUCUGAACUCAUUAUUUCAACAGCAGAAACCUAUCAUUGAUACGUAAAAAAAUCGUUACAUAAUUUUAUUUGUUCAACUCACGCCCACGAUGGCCAACAUAAUUCAUCUAACUACAUCUACUGGUAAAUGACAUUAGAACUUGUGCUUCUGUUCACGGUAUAGCUAAAACAGUCAUUUGGCAAGUAAUGAUUUUGAUACCCACGAUAAGCACGUGUUUCCAAAUGACGAAUCAAUCAUGCAUGUAAAAUCUCCACCCAAAUCUACUCGUUGCGCGCCAAAAGAUUCUUUCAACGAUCUAGUAUUCCUUUCUUCGACGGCCAAACACUUAUGCAACUCGUUAUGCGCCAAACACCUUCCGAUGAUCUAGCAAUCAUUGGCGACUUUUUCAGUGGAAAAUUUCAUUGUCCAUACAAAAUAACUUUAUUGGGUUUUCCCACUUUUUCGGUAAGUUUUCCUAAUUUUUUUGAUGUACGAACCCGGUGGGGGUAAAAACUGAUCAAACAAAAAAAAAGCAUCUCAAUCCGUCCAUCCGUUCUUACGUGAUGCGAUUACAAAGAAUGAUCUCUGCAUUUUUAUAUAUAUAGAUAUUCUAUUUUGACUGGGAACACAUACUCAGACAAAAUGAGUAGUGAAAAUCAAUUCAAGGCAAUUCUUGAGAUGCAUAAAAAAUCACUAUUUCAAAAGAUUAAUAUGGCAGUUCGCUUUGUGCUACGGUACGUAUUACAUCGUUUUGAAUACUGUGCUAGACGAGUUAUACACCCUCAUUCUUGUUUACGUCCGUAUCGGCAGUACGACGAACGGGUACUUUCGAACGAAUACGAAUAAGCCAUUCUUGUUUUCACUCGAAUGAAUUUGAACGCGACUCGUUUGCCACAAAAAUUCAAAUAUCAGUAAACUUCUUCAAAUAAAUGCUAAGCCUUGAUGAAAUCAGUCCAAUUCUUGUGAUUAACCAUAUGCGAAAUGCUAAAAUGUAUGGCAGUUUAACUUCAAACGAUACGUGUAUUCGAACAUCAUUCGUACGAACGGAAAGUCCCAUUCUCGUUUACGGACGAAUAUACGAAAUGACGAGGUUUCGAUUCGUCAGUUUUAUAUUGCGAAUCAAUCGUUCGAACACAUUGUAAAAAGUUUAACCGAUUUCUAACAAAUUUAUUUUCGAGUCUAAGGGUGAUUUGCAAUCAAAUCAUUAAUUUGUGUAUUGCAGAAAACAUUUAGAAAGCAUAGCAGUAUAGUAAAAUGCUGUUUUUUUUCUGGCGAGCCUUCGAAUAUAUGCGCGGUUCCAAGUUUUUACGCAUCAAAUUUUACAUCUAUUAGGUACUUUAUGGAAAAUACGCCAUGGAUAAACAUGCUUUAUUUUAUAUUAAAUGCAUGAUUUUACCAAUGUAAUAAAUAUGGAGACUAUCGAAAACAUGACAAAAUUGCAAGAAAAAUGCAGCAUAUUUUUCGCCGAUACUAGGGUAACAGAGGUAUUUUGGCCCACCUAACAAACUUUAUCGAUUUUAUCGGAUUUUAUCCAUGUUAAGUACCCCAUGUUGCAUCAAUUUGAUUACCUAUCAAUAUUAAAUUACCUAUUGCGGGAGGGUUUUUCAAAGAUAUCACAACAUUUGGUGGAUAUUUGUACAAAGUGGGCCAAAAUAAAAUCAAUCCUAAAGUGGGCCAAAAUACCUCUGUUACCCUACUGAUCGGACUGCUAUUUUAAAAGCUUUUUUUACUUUGCAUGAAGUUUAAUUUGAAAAUUUCACUUACCGACAUGAAUAAAAUUGGUCCUGAGUACGAUAUUUAUUUCUUAUGUAGCAUUCGUCACUUCCUUGAUGCUUGGAAUCUUCCUAAAAAAAACUACCUGCGCUGCCGAUCCUUCUUUUGCACAGAAGUCGCGUACGUACAUGUUCGAGUGAAAACAAGAAUGACUUGUUCGCAUUCGUUCGAAAGCAUGUGUUCGUCGUAUGGUCGAUACGGACGUAAGCAAGCAUGAUGAUACAAAGUCUGCGAAAAAAACAAGUGAAAUAAUAAUGAUAGCAAAGAUUUUUAAUUACAACUAAAAUCUGUACCAGAACUGAUAGUUUAAAGUUGGAUGGGCGUUGUUUUUAUGCAUGUGCGAUGUUUGAAAUAGUGAUUGAUUCGAACGUAAACAGGAAUACGAAUUUGAUAUACUUUCGAACGUAUCGCAUACGGUCGUAAACAAGAAUGAGGGUGAUAAUUCUCUAUACGUUCUAUUGUUGAUCGAACAAUGCCGGACGCUUUGCCAGUCCGUCGUGUGAGAAAGUACAAUUCCCAAUACGAGGGCCCAUAUUUGGUGAUUGCAGAAGCAAAACAUGGUCAUUUGCAUUGUUCAAAGGUGGCCAAAACAAUCAUCCAAACCUUCGGAAAGGACUAUGAACGAGCUAUACCUAAAGGGUGAUUUUUUAAGAGCUUGAGAACUUUUUUAAACAAUAAAACGCAUAAAAUUUGCAAAAUCUCAUCGGUUCUUUAUUUUAAACGUUAGAUUGGUACAUGACAUUUACUUUUUGAAGAUAAUUUCAUUUAAAUGUUGACCGCGGCUGCGUCUUAGGUGGUCCAUUCGGAAAGUCCAAUUUUGGGCAACUUUUUCGAGCAUUUCGGCCGGAAUAGCCCGAAUUUCUUCGGAAAUGUUGUCUUCCAAAGCUGGAAUAGUUACUGGCUUAUUUCUGUAGACUUUAGACUUGACGUAGCCCCACAAAAAAUAGUCUAAAGGCGUCAAAUCGCAUGAUCUUGGUGGCCAACUUACCGGUCCAUUUCUUGAGAUGAAUUGUUCUCCGAAGUUUUCCCUCAAAAUGGCCAUAGAAUCGCGAGCUGUGUGGCAUGUAGCGCCAUCUUGUUGAAACCACAUGUCAACCAAGUUCAGUUCUUCCAUUUUUGGCAACAAAAAGUUUGUUAGCAUCGAACGAUAGCGAUCGCCAUUCACUGUAACGUUGCGUCCAACAGCAUCUUUGAAAAAAUACGGUCCAAUGAUUCCACCAGCGUACAAACCACACCAAACAGUGCAUUUUUCGGGAUGCAUGGGCAGUUCUUGAACGGCUUCUGGUUGCUCUUCACUCCAAAUGCGGCAAUUUUGCUUAUUUACGUAGCCAUUCAACCAGAACUGAGCCUCAUCGCUGAACAAAAUUUGUCGAUAAAAAAGCGGAUUUUCCGAAUGGACCACCUAAGACGCAGCCGCGGUCAACAUUUAAAUGAAAUUAUCUUCAAAAAGUAAAUGUCAUGUACCAAUCUAACGUUUAAAAUAAAGAACCGAUGAGAUUUUGCAAAUUUUAUGCGUUUUAUUGUUUAAAAAAGUUCUCAAGCUCUUAAAAAAUCACCCUUUAUAUCUAAAACAAAAAAGAUGAUUCUUAUGAAUAAUGGAGAGGCGGCAAAUAAGUUAGUGGACAUAACCUAUGUAAACGUCAUAUUCUCGAUUCCUCAACGUUUAGUCGAAUGCCUAGGAGUGGCUUACGUUGAACCCGAAGUAGACGAUCGGGAACUGAAAACUGCAAAUGCCUUUAAUAAAUCCAAAAUGUCACAGGACGGAAACCCUGCUGUAAUUGGUCAAUCAACUUACGAAAAAAAGAUUGGAACAACUUUGCCGAUGAACUGGGCAAUCGAUUAGUAAACCUUUCUUUUGAUUUUUCCUUCGAAAUUUUUUUCGAGCAUAUUUGGAACGCACUGAAGUCUUCCUGUCCGGUACCGAAACGAAUAACAUGUAAUUCGAAAAUCCUUCAACCAUACUGGGAUGAAGAACUCACUGCAGCUAAAGCGCUAACACGAAGUGCUUACAAAGCAUGGAAACGUCUACUAACCACUGAAGCAUAUUUUGAAUACACUGAUGCUGAACGUUCCUUUCGGUCUAUGGUGAAACGAAAAAAAGUGGAAUACUGGCAAUGGUUUUGUGAUUCCUUAGAUAGUAACACCUCCGUCGAUAAACUGUAGAAGAUGGCACGCAGAUUAAAAGGACGUGUCUCUUCAAGUGAUCGAAGCAGUAUGCCUGAAUCGUUACUUGAGGAACUGUUAGAGCGUUUAGCUCCUAGCAAUGUAAAACAAUUUACAAUUGAAUUCCGAAAUUGCAGUUGCAAUGGUCUUGCAACUUCUGACUAUGUCACAAUGAAUGAUUUGAAGAGUGUACUGAAAUCCGGAAAAGAUUCCUCACCUGGAAUUGACCGAGUACCAUAUUCAGUUAUUAAUCAUCUAUCGGCCAAUGCCAUGAAAUCACUCCUAUCUAUUUAUAAUCGUAUACAUGGUGGUAUGAGUAUACCGCAGAGCUGGAAAACAUUUAAAAUUAUGCAAUCCCAAAGCCAGGCUUAGAGUUAAAUAACGCGUCGUCGAUCCGGCCAAUUGCUUUAGCAUCCUGUUUCCGGAAAGUGUACGAGCUUAUGGUGAAGGAAGAAUUAGAGCGGCAUAUACCUUAUGAUCAAAAACGAACCGGAAUUUUAUUAAAAAACGCAAAAUUUCAAUUUUUAAAAAAUUUCCUAAUAAUCGCCUGCUGCGGCAAUACAUGCAUGCCAACGCUUGAUCCAAUUUUCCAUACAAGUUUUAUAGGCCGCCGAAGGUAUGGUCUUUAGUUCUCGCAGCGAAUUCUCUUUUAUAGUCUCUACAGCCUCAUAACGCGUUCCCCGCAAUGGAAAUUUGAGUCUGGGGAAGAGAAAAAAGUCACACGGGGCCAUAUCUGGAGAGUAUGGUGCUUGGUUGAAGAUAUUGGUUGAGUUUUUGGCCAAAAACUGCGACACAACACGACGCUGUUUUUGAAUGAAAUUCAGCUUUUUUGGCACCAGCCGAGAAGCGACGCGUUUCAAAACCAAAACAUCAGUUAAAAUGUGUUCGGCUGAUCCAUAAGAGAUGCCCAACAACACAGCAAUCUCUCUAAUCGGUACAGAACGAUUUUGCAUCACGAUUUGCUUCGCCGAUUCAAUGUUUUCUUCAGGAACAGAUGUUGUUGGGCGGCCAGGGAUCUCAUCAUGAUCCAAGCUUGUACGACCACCUUUGAAGCGUUUAUACCACUCGCAUGCCUGUGUUUUUCCAAGGCACGAUUCACCAGAGGCCUUUUCUAACAUUUUCAACGUAUCGGAACACCUUAAUCCAUUUGCAACACAAAAUUUGAUGCACGCACGUCGUGUAGUCCAAAGAACAACUUGGAAAUGUCUUCCUCAAGGCUCACCUCUCAGCCCUAUCUGUUUCAAUGUGUUCAUUGCUGGAUUGAUUAAAACUAUUUCAAACGCGGUCAUAAAAAUUGGCUACGCUGAUGACAUAACUAUUGCAGUUCGGGGAAGACAGCAGAACGAUGAUUGUGAGAUCCUUCAAGGCACAGUCGACGAUCUGAUUAGAAAUGUGUCCAACCUGGGUUUAUAAAUUUCCUCAUCCAAAAGCUGUAUGAUGAUAAUUUCAAAAAAAACAAAUGGAAGAACAACCGUGUAUUCAGAUCAAUGGUAAACCUGUAUCAUGCGUCGACUCGAUGAAACUUUUAGGCCUUCAUCAAAGUUGACCUCGGAGUCUUCAUAUCUCUGAAUUGAAGCGCCGUACGAUGCCAUAUGUGAAUUUUUUACGUAGUUUAGCGUGUGUAUUGUGUAUUGGGGAGCUCACCCCUCGGCAUUAAUUAAUAUUUAUAAAUCAUGCAUCCGACCCAUCUUGGAGUAUGGUUCAAUUUUUAUGAGCAAUAUUCCGACAAGAGAAGCCAUUAAGCUAGAUCGUGUGCAGUGGGCAUGCAUUCGAAUAUGCCUUGGAUCUACAAAGACUACUCACACUAGCUCACUGGAGGUGACGAGAUAUGUUCUUUUCAAAUAUCCUUGUCCUUGACAUUUGCAAUGAUAAUGUUCAUUGAAUAUCAGAUCAGAUUUCAGUAUAUAUUUGUUACCGUGGUAACUCUCACAAUAAAUGUUUUUUAUGGACAUCGAAGUCUGAAGGAAUAAGAACUUUUACCGAAACCCGGGUAGGUGUAAAUAGCAAACAAAGGUCAAAAUAAUAUCAAAUUUUACCAUCAUAUCUUGGCUUGAUGUUUCUGUGUUGUCAGAGCGAUACUUGAUAUUUUCGUGAUAUUUCAUCAAGGGAUCAAGACAUUGUACAAUAUCUGUUCAACAUCAAAAUUAGUUAUAAUAUCUUAUUUCGUUAUUGAUGAGCUAUUUCAAUUUCAUUGAGUAAAUUGACCCAGUAGUUUUAUCUUCUAAUAAAACACCAUUGAAUAAACUGCAUCAGAAUCAGAUAAGAGAAAUACUUAAGAUAUUACUCUAUUCUAAAUGCUAGAUUAUAAAAUAAUUAACAAAUUCAUCUUCUAUAAAUAUUUUGUUCUUGGUUUGAUAUUACAAUGACAGAAUUUUUUAUUUUGUUGCUAUUUUCUGAUGCAAGCGUUGAUAUGAUUUUUGAUAUUUUAACUCUUAUUUCAAACUAAAUAAUGUUAAUUUCUGCCAUUGAGAUGUUUGAUUUUAAUGACAGAAUUUGAUAUUGGUUUGCAAAUCACUUCUACCCGUGAAGUUAAAAACAAAUAAUAUGCUGCUAUAUCAAGUUCGUACUGAAUGUAUCUAACACCAUAAGUUUGUUGAAGCUGGGAGCGAUUAUUGAUAUUGAUUUGAGCGUUAAGUAAAGGUAUCUUCGACUCUUACCAUUUUCUUGACAAAUCGGGCAUAGAACUUCUGCUCGGAACUUUCCGUGGCCAUUUGUAAAAAUGCUGAUUUUAAUCUUUUUCAAUUGAUCCAGAAAUUGAUCGUAAUUUGGAUCAUUGAUUCCUCUAAAAGAAAUUAAUUUGAUUUGUCAACUUGUUAAUUUGUUACUCUACUAGAGUGUUCGUCCGCAUCUAUUGUCUGCAUAGCCAGCAGAAGUAGAUUUCUUUGCCUUAAGAAAAUAUUUGAUUCCAUUACAUCUGCUAGAUCAAGUAAACAUAACAUUUUCCCUUUCAAACAUCGAAACUUUUCGAGAUCAUUUGCAAAAGUUGAACCGUAAAUAUCAAGAGGAGGUAAUCCGCCACUUGAUGCUCCAUUUCUGUUUCACGAAUUACUUCGCAGUUUAAUUUGGCAAGGGACUGACCGCGGAGAUUUUUUUCCCUUGAAAAUAUUCCGAAUAUGUAAGUUAAUUGGUCCAUGUUCAGACUCCAACUGACUCCAAAAAUAGGCCUGUAAUGAAAUCAAAAAUGUGGAAUACAGACUAUUUUUUUUGACAAAAUUUACUUCAUCCAUUGCAAAUUCAAGAGUAAGAAAAGAAAGAAAAUGUCAAUUCAAUUAUGUUUCUUUUACCGUUGGCAUAACAAUGAUUAGCAGGUGCAGGUAAUACGAUGGAAACACCUAAUUUUCGACUUCUUCGUAGAAAUCGAAGUGCUACUAAGCCAAUGCGUGGCCCAUCGAUUGAAAAACAAAUGGUAGCCAAGUCAGGUGAAUACGGCGGGUUGGGUAGCAGUUUUCAGCCAAGUGCAUUUAUUUUAUCCUGAAACGUUGUAACAAAAUUACUUUACCAUAGUUCAAAUUUGUCUGUAGAUAGAGAUAUCACCAGUUUCACCAAGUUCUAGAAGCUCAUGAUACACCACACCUUUCUGAUCCCACCAAUCAUAGAGCAUUGCCUUCUUGCCGAAUCGAUCUGGUUUCGCAGUCGAUGUUGACAGUUGACCAUAUUUUUUUCGUAUAGGAUUCCUAAAAUAAAUCUAUUUUUUCAUUCGCCAGUAACAACUCUAUGUGAAACUAGUUCUCUGUCAUGUAUUUGAAGUAAAAUUGUACACAAACGAUUUUAUAGUAUUCGAUCUGUCUUUCAUUGAAGUCAUAUUUCACAAGCCGACCCCCAAACCCUCCGGUACAGUUUUCAAUAGUUCUUCUUAGUAUUUUACCAACGAACAAACAAACUUCCCAAUCAUGAGCUAAAUUAUGCAAUUUCUUCUAAAGUAAAUCUAGAACAAGUUCAACUCAGUCCCCAACACGCUAGAAUUCGCUACUUAACUUCAGAACUCAGGUGUAAUCGAAGAUAACUUACGCCCUUAUUCUGAAUAACGAUAUAUCGUUUUUUUCGUCGUAUUUCAUUUGUAUUACUAAUAAUGCUAGCAUAAUUAAAGGUAACUAGGAUUCGAUCAAAAUAUCAAUACGCUGUUAUUCAGAAUAAGGGCGAUUACUCGAUAAAAAUCUGAGUCAAACGCAAGAGGAGCUUGCAAAACAUUGGAAAUGACUCAAGAAGUAGUUUCUGUACGAAACAAAAUCUAUGAAAAUGAUUCAAUAGCAACGCAGUUGGGUGUCUUAUAAACGGAAACCUAGAUCCUAGAGAUUUUUCACUUGCGAGCAGUUGAUUCAAAGGCAACAGAGAAAGAGUUUUUUACAUCGAAUUGUUCCUGGCGAUGAAAAGUUUAAAUAUUCUAUGAUAAACCCAAAAAGAAAAAACACUACGCUCUGCGACGGCCAUGUUGUACAUCUGGAGGGACCAAAAAGGUGUUGGCGAUACUAUAACGGGCGAUCGGUAUAGACAGCAAUUGAUGCGUUUAAGCCGUGCAAUACGAGGAUAACGGCCGGAAUACAAGCAAAGACAUGAUAAAGUUAUUCUCCUGCAUGACAACGCUCGGUCUCAUGUCGCAAAAGUCAUGAAAAGUGGGACAUUUUACCGCACCCUCCAUAUUCUUCUGACAUUGCUCUUCUGAUUCUGAGUUGAUCGGACGGAUGCAACACGACCUGACAGGUCAUCGAUUACUUCUUUCGCAGAAAUCGAAAAUUGUCUUCAAACUUGGAUCACCUCAAAAUACGAGACAUUUUUUCGAGAUGGAAUUCAAGAGAUCCAAAAUCUUUUUCAAAGUAGCUUCUUUCAUAAUAUUUGGCCCUUAUUACCGGUAUCACUACACGGUGAAAACCAAGUGAAGUGAUUGUAACCCUUAUUAUCGGUAUCACUUCACGGUGAAAAUCGAGUAAAGUGAAUUUAGGUUUUAGCACGGAAGUCGCUUCAAAGACAAAAGUAAUUAUUUGGAUGAACUUGAUGUCAUUAUGAACAUCACGCCACCAACAUUUUGUCGAAAAUAUUAGUUUUUUCCACUACAGUGAUCACUUCACUAUGCGUGAUACUGGUAAUAGGAAAAAUCAAGUGAAGUGACAUGUAAGUGAAGUGAAUGUGAAAGUGGAAGUGAGAACGGUUAUAAGGGCCUUUGAGUCCGGGCAAUUUAACUAUGAACCAGUCUCAGAAUUACGUUAAAGAUUCCUUUACACCUUCAUUUUUCUGCAAAAAUAUAGUCAAAAACAGUGGAAAAUAUUCGAAUGCAAACAUUGAAAAUCUGUUUCGCCCAAAAAAAAAACGAAAAUCGACCUUCAACCGUGUUCCAAUCAUUUGGCUUGUUGACUGUAACAAAAAAUUUAAAGAAAAUAUUUAGUUAUUUGCAAAACGCCUACUAAGCAAUCCGAAUCGACAGUUUGCGGAAUUAAAAUGUUAGAACCUACAUUAGCUCACAUUGUAAAGGGUGAUUUUUUAAGAGCUUGAGAACUUUUUUAAACAAUAAAACGCAUAAAAUUUGCAAAAUCUCAUCGGUUCUUUAUUUUAAACGUUAGAUUGGUACAUGACAUUUACUUGUUGAAGAUAAUUUCAUUUAAAUGUUGACCGCGGCUGCGUCUUAGGUGGUCCAUUCUGAAAGUCCAAUUUUGGGCAACUUUUUCGAGCAUUUCGGCCGGAAUAGCCCGAAUUUCUUCGGAAAUGUUGUCUUCCAAAGCUGGAAUAGUUACUGGCUUAUUUCUGUAGACUUUAGACUUGACGUAGCCCCACAAAAAAUAGUCUAAAGGCGUCAAAUCGCAUGAUCUUGGUGGCCAACUUACCGGUCCAUUUCUUGAGAUGAAUUGUUCUCCGAAGUUUUCCCUCAAAAUGGCCAUAGAAUCGCGAGUUGUGUGGCAUGUAGCGCCAUCUUGUUGAAACCACAUGUCAACCAAGUUCAGUUCUUCCAUUUUUGGCAACAAAAAGUUUGUUAGCAUCGAACGAUAGCGAUCGCCAUUCACUGUAACGUUGCGUCCAACAGCAUCUUUGAAAAAAUACGGUCCAAUGAUUCCACCAGCGUACAAACCACACCAAACAGUGCAUUUUUCGGGAUGCAUGGGCAGUUCUUGAACGGCUUCUGGUUGCUCUUCACUCCAAAUGCGGCAAUUUUGCUUAUUUACGUAGCCAUUCAACCAGAAAUGAGCCUCAUCGCUGAACAAAAUUUGUCGAUAAAAAAGCGGAUUUUCCGAAUGGACCACCUAAGACGCAGCCGCGGUCAACAUUUAAAUGAAAUUAUCUUCAAAAAGUAAAUGUCAUGUACCAAUCUAACGUUUAAAAUAAAGAACCGAUGAGAUUUUGCAAAUUUUAUGCGUUUUAUUGUUUAAAAAAGUUCUCAAGCUCUUAAAAAAUCACCCUGUAGUUGCAAAAAGAAGAAAAAACGCGCUCUAAAUCGAAGCAGGCGGCGGCGGCGAGUAAACACACAAUUUUGUAGAGAACUAGUCGGAAACUGAAAGCUUUGCCAUUCGUGCCAUAAAAAUCGUUCGCGUUACGAUUUACGGUGUAGAGUAUUUAUAGCAUGCUAAAGUUCGGAUGAGACAAAAGUUUCACAGCGCUUCAGAGCUUUCGCAUUUUUAUACCACAAAGCCGAGUUGGUUGUAGAACAGUUCGGUGCACACUCUCCCUGCAACGUAUUAUCGCAUAUCGUCCGUGUUUUACUGCUGCAAUCCGAAUGAAAUAUACUACGAAAAAAAAAAAAACAGACAUCCUACAGUAAUCCAACAAAUUUACCAUGUAAGUUCUAGACAAAUUACGAGUUCGUUUACAUUCUCAAACAAUCAGAAGAGUAGAAUUCCAUACCGCAAAAAUUAUUUAACGAAAAAUAAAAUUAUUAUUCCUCAGCUAGACAAA